AUGCCCGCCCCCUCCACCACCCUCCUCAUCGAGGGUUCUUUCACCGAGCUCGCCGACGAGUUCGCCCAGUACAUCGACGCCCUGCGCAAGUCGGAGGCCUCCAGCAGCCUCCAGUCCGAGAUUUCCCCGCUUCUGCAGCCCCUUCGUGAGCAGGAACAGUCCGAAGCAGAGCCCGACCGCAAGCAGCGCGAUGAGGUCCUCAAGAAGUUGGUCUCCGCGGCCGUUGUCCUGAACAGCGCCCCCGAGAAGGAGAUCAUCUCCGCCUACAACCUUCUUGUCCACCUUGUUCACCAGGCCUCCGACCCGGAUAUGUUCUUGUCGCGCAUCUGUACCUACCUCGCCAAACCCAUCUCCUCCUCCCCUCAGUUCGGCCCCUCCUUGGCCAUCUCCAUCCUGUCCACCAUCUUCAACACUCUUGCUCCCUCCGACUCCAGCCGCUACCAUGUUCUCCUGGCUACCGUCGCCGUCAUCCGUCAGUCCAGCUCGUCCAUUGCCUUUGACGCCCUCAAGUCCCAGCUGGUCGCUCAGCUGCCCAGCUGGCUCGCCGCCUGGGAGCUGGACGCCGACGAGGCCCAGCGCCUGCACCUCGCCAUUGCCGAUGCCGCCCAGGCCUCUGGUGACCCCGAGUUGGCUCAAACCCACGUCGUCCAGGCCCUGCAGACCAUCCCUGCCGCCAACGCCAGCGCCCCCGAGGCCCGCGAUCUCGCUGUCCGCGCCCUGACCUCCGCUCUCACCCACCCGGCUGUCUUCGACUUCACCCCCCUGACUGCCUCCGACGCUGUCCAGGCCCUCCGGUCCAGCGACAGCACUCUCUUUGAGCUGCUCGAGAUCUUCACCGCCGACACCCUCGACGCCUACGAGGCCUUUAUCUCCGCUACCCCUCUGGCCAGCAUCUCCGGCGGCGUUCUGGCUGAGGCCGGCGAGGCCCUGCAGAACAAGAUGCGCCUGCUCACUCUGGCCUCUUUGGCUGCUUCCACCCCGUCCCGCUCCCUCCCCUACGCCACGAUCGCUACGGCCCUCCGCGUGGAGCCCACCGACGUCGAGAAGUGGGUUAUUGACACCAUCCGUGCUGGCCUCGUCGAGGGUAAGCUGUCUCAGCUGCGCUCCGAGUUCCUGGUCCACCGGGCCACCUACCGUGUCUUUGGCGAGAAGCAGUGGGCCGAGGUGCAGGGUCGCCUGAUGGUCUGGCGCCGCAGCCUGGAGAACGUGCUGGGUGUUGUUCGCAGCGAGCGGGAGCGGUUUGUUCGCGAGGGGCUGCAGGCGGCCCAGGCUGCCGAGGAGGCUGCCCAGGGCAAGGGUAACGACAAGAAGGGUGGUGACCGUCGCCGUCACAACAACAACAACCAGCAGCAGCAACAGCAACAGCAGCAGCAAGCACCUGCGGCGCCCGCCGCUGCCCCGGAGGCCGUUGCCGUGGAGUAA